AUGUCAAGUUCAAAAAUAUUUUCAGGAGAUUUGCCUGAAUUAACAUAUGAUAUUAUAAAAUAUUUACAGAAUGAUUUUUCAACAUUACAUUCAUGUAUUUUAGUUAACAGAUUAUGGUGUCGUUUAGCAAUUUCAUUAUUAUGGGAAAAUCCAUUUUCAAUUCCUACUGAAAAUUAUAAUUUUAUUGAAUUUUACUUAAAUAAUUUAAAUAAUGAAUCAAGAUCAAAAUUAAAUGAAUAUAAAAUUAAUGAUAGUAAUUUAUUACCUUCGAAAACACUUUUUAAUUAUCCUAGUUACUUAGAAUAUUUAAAUACGUGGAAGUUUAUUUCUUCUGUUGAAGAGUGGUUUGAAACUUUAAACCCCAGAAAUAGAUAUUAUUUACAAGAUUCGGAUAAACAUUCAAUACUUGGAUUUAAAAAAUUAAUUUGUAUGUUACUAUUUAAAUUGUUUAUUGAGAAUGAAGUAAAUUUACAUAUUUUUGAAAUUGAUAAUCCUACUUAUAAUUCUUACUUUGAAGAUAUUCUUGAGUUAAUGUUACAAAAUCCAAAUUUUACCCAUAAUAUUAGGAAUUUAAAACUUUAUAUAAGUAUUAAUCAUGAUAGUAUUACAAAUACGUCAAUUAAAAAUCGUAUAUCACAAGUGAUCAAUACACAUCAAAUUCUUAAAAAAAUUGUAUUAUGUUAUAGAAGCCUUUAUUUAUAUCAAUCAUUAUUAUUAUCAAAUAAUUGUUCAAAUUCUUUAAACACAAUCACAUUUUAUUACAUCAAUUUUCAUGGUAUAAUCAAUUUAGAUAAAGUAUUUGAUCAAUUAAAUGUUCUGGAAUCUGUACAUAUGGUUUAUUGUUCUUCUUUAAAUAAUGAUUUUAUUCAGCAAAUUGUUAAUUUAACUAAACCAUUCAAAUUAAAGUCUUUAUUUAUAGGAGAGAUGUCACAAAUCGAAUCUUUAGAAUUAUUAUUGCAAAAAUCCAGUAAUUAUUUAGAGAAUUUUGGGUAUGGAUCUGGAUAUAGAUAUAAGCUACCAUUCAAACAACAAUUAUCAGAAUUAGUUAUAAAAUAUUGUAAAAAUAUCAAAUUUCUAGAUUUAUAUGAAUUAGAUUAUCAGAUUAUUUGUUUAGCGUUGAAUUUAAUUGAAAAUAUAAGACAAAAUCUUAAUUAUCUUUCUAUUGGUGUAUGUGAAACGUUAUUUUCAAUUGGCGCUAUUGAACGUAGUUCAAUUAUAUUACGUAAUUUAGGUCAACAUUUUACUUUUAGAUUAGAAUAUUUAUGUUUGACUCUUAAUAUUAAAAUGAAUGAUUUUGAAAUAUUCUUGAAAAAUUCACAGAAUACUUUUAUUAAAAAGUUGUUAAUCAAUAAUAGAGGAGGUGACGAUAUUUUAUCUUGUAUAAAAGAAAAUAUUAUGAAAAAGAAAAGAGUCAAAUAUUUAGCUAUUAUAGAAACUACCUUUGAUGAAUAUGAUGAGAAUAUCUAUGAAGAUAAAGAGUUGUUUUUAUUGAAAAACGAGGUGAAGGAAUUUGAAUUGUAUGAUAUUAUAAUUCAAGAAUAUAGUGAUUUGGUUAUUUAUACCAAUACAGACUUUGCAAAAAAAUUGGAAUAG